AUGGGUCAGUUUACAGCUACAGUUUGUCACAAGAACACACAAAUUGAUCUCAUGUUUGUUGUAACUACAGAAGAUGUUCAGUCUAUUGUAGGGUUAAAAGCAUGUGACCAGCUGCAUUUGGUACGUCGUGUUCUCUCUGUUGGUUCUGAGUUACCUUUAGACGGAGAUGUAGUGUUUCAGAACUAUGCAGACGUGUUCCAGGGUCUGGGUGAUCUGACAGGUGUCCACCACAUCAAGCUCGACAAUGAUGUUCCGCCUGUUGUGCACGCAUGUCGUCGAGUACCCUUUGCUUUGCAUGACAGACUGAAGGAAGAACUCAACCGCAUGGAGAAGCUUGACGUCAUAACCAAGGUGAAUGAGCCAACGGACUGGUGGCUACCUCAACAGGAACACACAUGGUUGUCUCUGAAGCAAGUUGUGUCACAGGAACCAGUCCUGAAGUUCUUUGAUCCUGGGAGGAAGAUCAAGAUUUCGUCUGACGCUUCCCAGAAUGAAUUAGAUGGUGUCAUCUUCAAAGGUGUUAGGGUAGUAAUACCUACCUCACUGAGAAAGUACAUGCUAGACAAAAUUAAUGCUGGUCAUCUUGGUAUGGAAAAAUGUAAACGUAGAUCCAGAGAAACUGUAUUUUGGCCCAGACUCAAUCAUGACAUUGAUGAUAUUGUGUCCAACUGUUCUAUGUGUCAAACCUACAGGAACAGAAAAGUUGCAGCAGAUCUCUUUUAUUGUGGUGGGAAGGAUUAUCUGGUGAUUGUAGAUUAUCUCUCCAACUAUCCGGAAGUAUGCUCAUUGACAGAUACGUCGUCUCGUCGAGUCAUCACCGCCAUGAAAACAGUGUUUGCUCGCCAUGGUAUUCCAGACGAGGUAUUUACAGACAAUGGUCCCCAGUUUCGUAGUCAUGAAUUUAGACAGUUUGCACAUGAUUGGCAAUUCAAGCAUAACACGUCUAGUCCAAAUUAUCCACAAUCGAAUGGUUUGGCAGAAAAAGCAGUUCAGAUUGUGAAAAACAUUUUGCUUAAGGAAAAUCAGGAUCCUUAUAUGGGAUCGCUUGCUUACAGAAGCUCUCCUUUGGAUUGUGGGCAAUCCCCUGCAGAGAUUCUCAUGGGCAGACGUAUUCGCGCUAAUCUCCCUAUUCAGGAGAAACUUUUGCAAGUUUCCAGGUCUCGUAAAGUUGUUAAAUUUAAAGAAAAUCAGAAAUUAAAACAAAAGCACUAUUACGACAGGUCUACUAAGCCCUUGAGUAGGCUACAGUGUGGUGACAGAGUUGCAGUGCGUGAUCAUCGACGGUGUGAUUGGUCACAACGUGGUACAGUCGUUCAGGACGCUGGCCAAGAUCUUACAAUGUUCAGACAGAUAGUGGUAGUCAACUUCGACAGAAUCGUCGUGAUAUUCUGUUGUCACCACGCACACCUGGACCAGUGA